CGGCGCGCGUAAUAAUCGUAACAGCGCGACGGAAAAAAUUCAACAUUUAACAUAAGCAUAAUGGCUAAGCUAACGGUAAAGUUAGGUAUAUAUGUAAACGCUACAAUUCCAUAUACCAAAAGCAGCUGCUGUAUUUCACCACUGGUGCAGUAGUGUAGCCAAUAUUUGCUUUGGCCAAGCAGUCAUCAGUUCGGGUCGGUGAUUUAACGGUGCAUGUACGGCGCAGACCAAUGGCGCAACGGUAGCGAAAGCGUAGUGACGCGAAAGUGGUGUAGUAGAGAAUGUAUCAUAAAUUAAUGAAAGUAGUGAACGAAUGUAGGAACAACAACAAUAAACAAGAAUAAUAAUGCAAAAAGUGAAAGCUAAAAAUAACGGUGUAAUUUCGGCACUCAUAAAGCAAAAAUAAAAAAUAAAUGUUUUCACACUCACAUACGUACGCACAUUAACGUUACAUACACCUUGAUGCAUCCCCCAAUAGAAGCGCAUAAAAGCGAAAACCACGCCAACCUAAAAAAGAACAAGUCAAAUUAAAUAAAGCAAGCGAAACAAAGGAGGAUUACGCCGCGAAAUUGAACAAAAUUAAAUAUUUUCUGCAAGCUUUGAUGCACAAAGAACAAAACUAAAAGAGUAAAUAAAAAAAAUAAAAGCCAAUACAACAAGAAAAGUCAAUCAAUAUGUGAAAAAACCCGCAAUUUGAAUAAGCAACAAAAGAAGUAAGAAAAAGCACACAGCAAAUACAAUAACGAGUGAAAAUGAGGUGCAGCCAAAGCCAAAUAAACACGCAUUGAAUAGAACAACAUAGCAUAAUCAAAAAAAUAUUUCCAAUGAUAAAAAAAAGCUAGAAAAAUUGGCUGCGCGUAAAAUUUAGAAACGUGUCAGUGCAAAUUUCAUCAGUAUUUGACAACAACAACCAAAUCAGCGUUUGCACAAUGAAGUGAAUUUUCACUAGACACGCGCAAAAUAAAAAAAAAAAUAACAACAAAACAGCAGCAAUUCGGCUGCGGACGAGAAAGUGAAAGCAAAACACGCAAAAUCAACCAACACACAAUACAAAUAACGGACGAAAAAAAACGCAAACUCAAUGAACGAGAAAUUAUCACUGCCAACAGCCACACCCAUUGAACAGCUGCAGCAACAGCAACAACAACUGCAACAGCAUACCAGCACUUGUGCGACCAUUGACCAGACGGAUUAUCGCUACGAAUCAACGCUGCCAGCAGUAGCAGUGGCAACAACAACAACAAAAAACACAACAACAUACCCACAUGACAGCAGCAGCAGCAGCAAUAACGCCACAGCGAGUGGCAUUGAUGUGGGCUGCGUGGAAAAUGGCGCUGGUGGCGGUGCUGGCAGCGAAUUGUAUCGCUACGCAUCGGUAGCAAGUUUAGGCGGCGCUUCGACAAUGCUCGCCGUCGAUGCUUAUAUGGUGGGCGGGGGUGUGGGUGCAGGUGUGUCCGCCCAGCCCACGCCACUUGCUGCGUCUGCUGCGACAAUUCUGAAAAUUAGCCACACGGGCAGCGUCAGCGGUGGCGGCAGCAAAGGUAGCAAUGUGAACAGUCCGCACAAGCAGCAGUUGGGUGCACCGCAGCGCGACAACGUUUGCGGUUGCUUCAGCAGUGGUCGCAACAGUGGUGGUGCGGGUGGUGAGGAUGCUAGUGGCGAUAAGCAGCAAUUGCCCGCGUUGACUUUUUGGCCCGCAUUGUUUGCCAAUUUGGGUAUUUGCACGCUGCUGCUCGGCUAUCUAUUCAUUGGCUCAUUUCUAUUCCUCACCAUCGAAACUUCCGGCGAUGGUGGCAGCGCAGCGGGCGUUGUCAGUGAUCCAAAUGCCUGGUCAUACACGCAAAAUGCAGACAUAUCGACACAAAAGCAACGACAACAACAAAACCAGCAUACACCGCAAGCCAGUUUCACUGGAACACAGUCAAAGUUAUACAAAUCCAGUGAACCAUUAUUCGAUGUGGCAACCGCAACAGGCGGAGCGCGCUUGCAAGAAACUGAUACUGCUGCUGCUGCAACUGAUGGCGGCCAACCACACGAAAGCAGCAUAACGAGCAUGAGCAGUGGCAAGUUCCACGUGAACACGCCGAAUACAAUGUGGCAUGCAACAGCGGCGGUGAUGGUGGCGAACGCUACGAUGGUAGCAGCAGCAGCAGCAGCCGUUGCAACAGACACUGCACACUUUGAUGUGAUUGCAAGAGCGGAAAAGGAAACAUACACUGACAGCAGGCAUGCCACCAACAAGUUGCGGCCACCGCCUAACAGCAUGUUGCUACAACAGCCGAACGACAUGGCAGCAGCUAAAGCUACAUAUGCAACGCUGCGUCAAGCUAUGGCUGUGGAGGCGCAUCGUGCCUAUCGUGCUACUAAUGCCAUUGAUGCUGUCAUUGGCAAUGACUUUAAUGCGGCUGUCAGUGAUGUCGAUGUGGGGUUGCAUAGUGGAGAUGACGAUGAGGAUCAGAUGGCUGACAUGGCGGCGGAGAAUGGUGACGCAUGGAGUGGGGAAAAUGUGGCGUUGCAGCGUACUGUGGAGAAUAUUUGGGAUAUAACGGUUUCAUUGAAUAUACUCUACAAAGAAAAUUGGACCAAAUUGGCUGCCUUGGAGAUUAAUAAAUUUCAGGAUCAAUUAGUCAAAAGGCUUGUCAUGGAUUUGACGCUAUCAACAGCUGGUGGCGGUGGUGGUGGUGCAGAGGGUGUUAUAGCACCUGCAACAACUACAACAAUGAUGCAUGAUGCACAAUCUAGGCAAACGCAACAACAGCAACAGCCUUUCGAUUAUCACAGCAUGGAACCGGCUACAAGUAAACAUUAUGGCAAUGAUGCACUUCAACAACAAAAGGAGCAACAACAACAGCAACAACGUGAACGUUAUUGGCAAUUACAAGCGGCCCGACAGCGUCAAUGGCAAUUACAACAGCAGCAACAACAAUUUGAAUGGAAUUUCGCCACAUCGUUUCUAUAUUCACUGACCGUAGUGACGACAGUGGGCUACGGCACCAUCACACCACGCACUACACUCGGCCGUAUGGUGACCAUCGUGUAUGCCACACUCGGCAUACCACUCACACUAGUCUAUCUCUCGAGCAUCGGCAGCAUACUGGCCAAAAUGGCGAGCGCCUUUUGUGAGCGGCUACUUUGCUGCUGUUUUUGCCGGACUACCACAAAUAAAAGACACACCAUCUGCGGUUUUAGUCGACAGCAAGUCGCCGAUAAGAAAUGUAAUCUUAAACUAAAAGAACUGCAAAAGCAGCAUCAACAAUCGCACACGGGCAGCUCCGCACAACAGACCGCACAGCAGGCCACACAAUCCGCACAUUUACCCUACUGCUACGUGCGUCCACCGGCCGACGAUGCGCUAAGCUACGGCGAACACUCACCACUCUCCGCACACUCACCGGCCACACGCACUAAAGGCGCUCAUACGCUGCGCUGGUCACUGGCGCUGCCAGUCGGCUUCUGUGUGCUGCUGCUGGUCGCGUACGUCACGUUCGGCUCGUUGGUCAUUGCGCUGCUGGAGCAAUGGUCCAUCUUCGACGGCGUCUACUUUUGUUUCAUGAGUUUGACCACAAUCGGUUUUUGUGAUCUGCUGCCGGGUGUAAAUGUGCGCCCAGCCACUUCCACCUCGACGCUGGUGGUAUGGUUCUGCGCGGCGUACAUACUGAGUGGUCUGACGCUCACCUCUAUGUGUGUGAAUAUGUUGCAUGAGGAGUUUCUGCAGCGCAUGCGUGUUGUGGUGAAAUUCAAAAAGAUGGCCACCGGCAGGAAUACGGAGAAGGAGCGCAACUUCUACGGCGCGCCGCCUUGACAAUGCGGCGUGAAUUGGGAAUUCAUAUUUGCCGUUGAUGGCGGCGCUACGGUUUGCGCACCGAAGCGCCGCCAGUUAAGCCUGUGGCAUGAUGAUGUGCUUAUACGAGCGGUGACAUUUUUGCUGCGGCGUGUUCUGAAGUUGCAGCGGAGUAUAUAAACAGCAGUAAUGAAUUUCAAAUGGAUGAAUGUGGGUGUGUAUGUGGGUCGCAGGUUGUGUGAGGAAAUGUGAUUAUUUUUCCAGUGUUAUUCAUAUUUAAGAGCACGCAAAAAGUUAAUUUCUCCCGACUUAUUUUCGCAAUAAAGAUUAAAGUUUUCCGAUUGAUUCACCAUUCUAUUUGAUGUGACGUACAGACAGCGCCCGAAGCAGACAAUGAGAAGUGCAAAAAUCAACGCUGUGCGUCCGCACACAACACUCCGCCUCUCACGCACAGGAGCGCUUGCGUCCGCACGUCUCCUGCUCCCCCCGCGAAGUGUGACACAAUUAAAUGUUGGAAAUUUAAGCAUUAAACGCUGACGAAACGUGACUAUAACGUAAAUUUAAUUUCGUAGUAAAUUGAGAUGAGUUUAAACUUUGUCAGCCGAAUGUCGUGCUGCACGCUUGUGGCAACACCCUGCGACUUUUUCUGCAACUUCCACGACGCCUGCAAGCGCGUUUACACUUGCCAAUAAUAAGAGAGAGAGUAAAGAAGAGCAAGAGGUUACAUUACAUGCUGCGUGUACGUUGGAAUCGCAGCGUUGCUCAAUUUCGUGAAACGUGACAACCUUUUACUGGGCCAAAAGUAACGACAACAAUAACAUGCAGUAUUUUUCUUUAUUGUUGUGCGGCGUUAAGUAAAGAGAGAGCGCGUAAGCAACGCUGCUUUAAGGCAAAGAAAAUGCGCAGGCGAAAGUUGACAGUUGCCUGACAGUUGACGGUGAAAGUUAAGCUGCGGCAGCUGCCACAAUUGACAACUCAGCUGACGCUGAUGCUCUCUACCGUUACUGCUGCUGCUGUCGUUGCGGUGGUUGCGGUUGUGGCGGAAAUAUGAGGAGGCAUUGGCGCGGUUGCAAUCUUUGCUGCUGUCAUCUGCCUAUUUAAUUUAUUUAAAGUGAGCGUCGAGUAAAGUUAAAAACAAUAAAGAAAUAUUAAAAUGCGUUUUGUAAAAAUUCAAAGUUCAAAGUUCAAAAGUAAUAAUUAUAUAAAUAUUUAAUUAAUUCAUAUUUUAAUAUUUCGAAUUAUAUUACAGUGUGCCAAUAAUAAGUAUCUCUAUAUAAAAUUUAAUUAUUAUUAAUUAAAAUAAAAUUUAAAAUGUAUGAAAAAGUUGUGUGUGGUAUGUAUAAUAAUAAUGCACGAAAGGUAAUAUUCGAAAAUUUAAUUUUCGCAAAUAAAAUUAUUGAAAUCUGAAAAUAAUAUGUAAAAUGUGUCUUAUUUACUUGGAGGUUAAGAUUCCAAAUUGUAUUGAAGUAUUUAUAAAAAAAAUCUAAUAAAAAUAUAAUUUAAGCUAUAACGCCCUGUUAGCGUUGACCUUUUAACAUAAUCUAACCUUUAAAGCCCUCAUAAAGUUAGCUUAUGAUACCACUAGCGGGCCUAAAACCUUAAAACACUAAUAAAGUGAGGUUAGGUUUGUUUGCAGAGGCUUAUAAACGCUUUUCUGGGUGCAAGUUUUUUAGCCGUGAAAGAAAUACACCCUAUAAUCUCAUCGACUGCAGCUGAGCGGUUUUUAAGAUACAUAUGUUUAGCCAGGCUUAUCAUAAUUUCGCGCGUGCUUUGAGUUUUCACUUUUAAGUGAAGAGUUCAAAAAAUGUAAAUACUCCAAACUUAUAGCGGAUUCUUAUGGAAAAUUGCCCGUGGCACUAAAAUUCACACGAAGGAUUUGAGUUUCUAGUUAGUUAAUUAAAAUUUCUAACUGCAAUAUCGCUACAACGUAGUUUCAAACUCAAGAUAGAUUUUUAACUUGUCUAGGUGUUUCGUGACUUCGAAGUAGGCUCUUUUGACAAGAGUUCAACAAAAAUAGUACUAAAAGAUUUAAGUCCCAGCUUUUUACCUUAAUUUCAAAUCCUAGAACCAAUCGGAGUGACAGCUAACUCGGGUAGGCAGUUCGUAAUACCGGCUCUACUUCGUUUUCAUAAUCACUUUUAAACUUGACUAGGACUUGUAUGCUUCUGAAGUAGGCGAAAGUACAAGGCUCUGCAUUCUCGUUUAACUGGGCCUCGUAUCCAAGAGUCACAUAGAAUAAUAACGAAAAUUGUAUAGACAGUACGUAAUUUUGUAUUAAACUUAUUUACAGAAUCACUGUAAAGUGAAUAUUUUGCUAAUCUUGCGUAGUAGAUAAAAAUAUUGUCGAAAACCAUUUUUGAGGUACGAUUAAAAAUCUACAUCAUCAGCAACUUCCAUACUUAAAAUUUUAUUUUAUGAGGGCCUCAUUAUAGAGGGAAGUGAAACUGUCAGGUUUUAAAUUUCGAUCAAGUUAAAAUGUUAUAUAACUUAAAGUUUGUUUACACCUGGACCUUUAAUGGAUAUGUUAAGGUUCGUAAAAAAACCCUAAAAAAAGGAAUGGAGAUUCUAGUAUAUCUGCAAAGUCACAUACCUCUUUUUUUGUACUAUUUUAUCCAUAGCAAAUUCAAUCGCUUAAAGGAUAAUAGACUUUUUAUCUACAAACAUAUACUGACUUUUCUCCUUUGCCGAAUAGUUAAGCUCAAUCUUAGUUAAACUAUCUUCGAAUUUCCGCUUUAUGCUUUACUUUGUACAAGAGUUUGUCCUCGAUGUGCUGUAGAAAACAACCAUUUAAUAAAAAUUGUGUAGAGGCUUAGUGAUUCUAAAAAUCAGCUUUUUCAUUUACUUGUUCCUCGUUAACAUUAACUUAUAUAACUUUUGCUCUUGAGUCUUAAUCCUUAUUGUUGACAUGUAGUCUUAAAGACCUUAGUAUCUACAAUAUUAAUACUUAAGUUACUUAUCUAUUUUAGUGCAGUUAGUUGGCAUCAUUAAUCCUUACGACUCAUAAAUAUUAUGAUUUUCUUCACCCACAAGGAAAUUUGGACGCAAGUGAGGCAAAUAAUUACGUCUAAUAUACGCCGUCUUCUUUUAUUCUUCAUUUUCUACUUUAAAUCACCUAACUGAAGCGCAUUUGCUUUGUCAUUUACAUUGCUGCAUUCAGUACUUCUUACCACCUAACUGCUUUAGUAGUACGCUUACGCUACGCGGUAGCUUAAAAUUCUCUGUGUUGCCUGCGAAUAUUUUGGUUGCAUUCCAUUCUGUUGUUCAUUUGCUCGUUUGCCUAGUAUAUCCGUCUGUCCAUUGUUCGGCGCAAAGUUCAGUUGUUUGUUUGUCGUUAAUGCUAAUUGCAUUACUAACUUGAACUUUGAAAUACCACAACAAUUACUUAUGUAAAUCCUUUUGGUGGCAGUUGCCAAGAACAAUAAUGCUGUAAGUUGGUAGGUUUUGCGGCUAGCGGCAACUAUUGUUUGUUUUCGUGAGUGUAGUUACAUAUUGUGGCAUUUUUAGUGGUACCUAAGUCUCCGCAGGGAGCGUGAGUUUAAAAUAUAUUUAUAUUUAUGAGUAGUAGGGGGCAGAAGCAGAGAGAGAGAGAUGGAGAAAGAAAGACAGUCUGCACAAUAGACCCUAGAUCGCGGUGCAUACCUCAUUUUCAAUCUAUCAAGACAUUCUGAUAGUUAGAUAAACGAAGUAAGGAAGAGAGAGGAAGCGAUAGUAAGAAAAGUGAAAGAGAAGCAUGUACUGAUGAGAGAUAGAGAAGAUAGCAUAAGAUUUAGAUAAAGAAAGUGAAAGAGAAAGGGAACGAUAGUGAGAGAAAGAAUGACAAGGUAGAAAUCUAUACACCGAUACAAGGAAUUGGUUAUUGUUGCUUCUAUUAUAGCUCCUUAAAACUACUGGUAUUUCCUCUUUAAAGUAGGGGUUACAUGCUGAACUUAUGAUUUUCUGGGUUUCUCGCGAAAACACGGUUUUCAGUUAAAUAAAUACUACCGAGCACAAAACCGGUUAAAACUACCAACUUCGAAUUUUUCAAGAAUAAAAGCGAGAUAUUACCAGGAAUGCAUUAUAAUUUGGCGAUUUUUGAAUUGAAUUACUGCCACGCAAUAUUUGAAAAUUUAAAACAAUUAGAGAACAGUAGUGUUCUUGGCCUUCCAGGUAUCCUAGGUAGAAAAAAACCUCUUUCGAAAUUCGUCAGAAAUACGAGCAAGAUAUGAAAAAUAAUUCGGUUUUAAGACAUCGUGUUAUAGUAACAUAUAGAAUAACAAGAUGGUCAGGAGAACAUAGAUUCAAUUUUUGCUACCUUUGUUAGCGUUAUAGAUCUUGAACACCGCAUAGAAGAAACGGAGUUUAUUUGAAUAUCUUUUAUAUAUCGCUUCAAAAAAUUUUGGUUCAAGGUUUGGAUCUUAAGAUCUGUUUUUCCACAAAACAAAAAACAAAAAAGAACCAGACCAAACCAAAUGUUUUCUUAGAGUAUAUUUUCAUUCUUUCUCGUAAGUAAAUUAUAAAUUAGUAACGAAAGUAUGCUGCGAGGAAUAGACUAUGCCUUUCUACUUUAAAUAAAGUAAGGAAAUCGAAAAUUUCUCAAGCUGUAUCUGGAAAAAUCUGGACCAAACUCUCUCAGAUAACAGCCAAAAAGUCUAGGCGAGGAAUAUAUAGCAAAAUAACAAAAUAAAUAACACCAGAAAAAAGAUCUUUGGAGUUUUUCAGAAGGAAUAUCUCUUCCGUUUACCAUUACUCAUAAUAAAUAGUUUUGGAGGUACUCUUUAACAGCCCCAACCAUAUUAAAUAAUCUAAAUUUCUGUGAUCGUUAGCGACUAUCUUCACUUGCCAAUAGCGCUUCGGGUUCAUAACACGUUCUGCAUUGUGUUUGAAAUAUAACUCUGAUUGAGAAGUCCUCAAAGGUUUCCUGCAAACCAUCUGCUGUUUGCCUUCGUUUACCCAUAAAACUUUCGUAAUUUAUUUGCAAUUAUUUUUAUUAUUUUCAUGCAAACACAUACGCCAUUACAUACAUAUGUAUGUGUGUAUAGAAUGAGAUUCUUUCCAUACGCACGUAUAGUUUUCUUUUGAGUUGACAUUUGAAGAAAAUUUAUUUGCGGUUGGUGAGGAUUUAUGUUUGCGUGGCAGUUGGCAAAUGCUUAAGUGCUUGCGAAUGUAGUGCAUUUGGCAAGACGUAAAGCAUUGAAAGAGAGCGGAAAAUUCAAGCAUAACUUUUCAAGUGUUAUUUGUUUUACUUUUGAUGGCACGGAGUCACACGAAAUUUAGAAUAUUUGAUGAGCUCGGAAAUGCAAGACAUAAAUUUUAAAUUGUAUGGAUAUUUAUAGAUGUAAGCUAAAGCACACAAAGGGGGAUUUGUUGGGAAAUUUUAUAGUAAUAAAUAUAAUAAAGUUAUUUAAGAAACACUCAAGAAAACCAAAACAGAAACUUUAAAAAGUUAUGAAAAGCUGAAAUAUUUUGACUUUUACUUUAUGAUAUUAAAUAAUACUUGGUUACAUGAUAUAACAAAUUUAUACCAUUUCACACAAAUACGAAUAAAAAGCUUACGCAAAAGCUUUAAAUUUGCUAAGAAACAUUUGUCGCAGCUUUCAUUAGAGUUCUGAAAUGUUAUCUAAUAUUGGACAUCUGGCACCUUUAAUUUUUUUUUAACUUGCAAAACAAUAGGAGCUUUCACUGGCAUCAAAACUAAAACUCUUUAAUGAAUAUAUUUCAUCUCUCGGAAGUUAUUUUCUUAGAAAAAAUAUAUUUGCUGCAGUUAAAAUCAAACUAGAGCUUUUGCUUUGCAGUCAAAAGCUUCAACUAUGACUUCUAAUAAAUAUAUUUUAUAUCACGGAAGUUCGCAAAUGUUAUAUUAUAUAAUAUUAGACAUUCGACAACCUUCACUUGAUUUUAACUAAGAUUAUAUUAGAGCUUUCACUGUGGCGUCAAAAGCUUUUACUUAAGCUUUUAAUAAAAAGAUUUAAUCUCUUGAAUGCUCACAGAUGUUAUCUAAAAUUAGACAUUUGAAAACCUACACUUGCGUUUUAUGCAAAUCAUAUAAGAGCGUUCACUGUGGCUACUAAAUCUUUUGCUUUAGCUACCUAAUGAUUCAAUUUUAACUCUCGGAAGACCACAAAUGCUAUGUAAAAUUAGAUAAUCGAUUACCUAAAUUUGUUUUUAAUUUAAAUGAAAUAAGCGCUUUCACUGUGGCAUUAAAUGGGUUUGCUUUAACAAAGUAAUUUAGAGAUUUCAUAUCUAUUUCGUCUUGUCAAAGCAUUAGCCGUUAUAAGGACGUGAAUGUACAAUAGUUAGAAAACGUUAGGAGCUUUCAUAACAGAGUCAUAAACUUCAAUGCCGCUAUGUUAGAAAAGUUUGUUGUAGCUAAAAAGCUUAAAAAGACUUCUUGUGGUUUCCCCGAUUUUAGUAGAAAAAAAAUUAAGCUCUUGAUUAAUGUAAAUCAUUCAAAAAGGUUUCUUGCCGUAGAAGCGAGCUUGGUAUAAUAUAAUAAGAAGACUUUUGAGAGAAGAUUUGGGUAGUUACAUUAUUAUGCACAACUACCAUAUAGAUAAUGAUCAUUAGAUCAUUCCUUGCGAGUGCUUUAUAAUCUCAUCCAAAGCUAUUUAAAUUGAGCUUAAUAUUAAUAAAAUUACCUUGGUAUACUCUGAGUUGUAGUAUAGCGUCGCUUACAUUUUUUCCUCAAAAAGUUAAAAAGUUUUUCCAAUGCGCUUAGACACAUGUAAUGAACUAAUUUGCAUAAUUUUUGCUUAAAUGAAUUUGUAAUUAUAUCCUUUUUAGGGCACACCUGUUGCGCGAACAAGUGGCUAAUUACCUUUAAUAAAUUUAUUUUAUUAAAUAAUAAUUAUAUAGGUACGCGACAGUUAAGUCAUGCCUUCGCAGAAGUUUUCUUAUAAAUUUCAGAGUGAAGUAAACGCUUAGCAAAAUUUCUACAAAUGAACGAAGAAGUAAAAGCUCAACUAAAGUUCUGUGUGUGGGUGCGGUGGGUGGUGAGUAUAAGCCAAGAGGAAAGUGGUAAGUUAACCUGACAGCUGUCGCUUAUGCCAGCUAAUUAGCUUUGUGGCCACCGCAAACAUCAGCAGCACCUGGCGGCGCUAUCACAGUUAAGCCGCGACGAAAUUUCGUGUUGAACUGAUUAAAUUUGAAUUUAAUUGGCACAGAAAUUGGCGGAAAUUGUUAAAUGACAGCAAUAAAGGAAUUGAAAGUGAUAAAUUCCAUAAAGAUUGGAAGACAGUCUAAAUUAUUUCAAUUUUCAUUAAGGACAGAUAUAAGGGCUAUGAUAUUUAAAUAAUAAAAUGUAAAAAAAAUAAAACAGAACUGAAUAUAUUAAAAUAACUCUAAGGUAAGCUUUCAUAAUGCUCAGGGCUUUGAAAGAGUUUCUGUUGAAACGUGUGUGAUGACGUUGUAUUGUGUUUGGUAAAAAUCGGAUCAUAUAAGCAAAAGCUUAGGACUCAUACACAUAUUUACAUGUAAGCAGCAAAGUGAGCUUUUGAAAUGUCGAAAGCUCCAACUGUAAAUAAUCACCAAUUUAAAUGCUUCAUUAAUUAUUACUACUAGUAUUAUGAACUAUGUUCAGCAUAUCAAUGCAAAUUUUUUUAAAAAGCAACCCUCAGAGCUUUCGAAAAGUAGUUUUAUUAUUAUUAUUAGAAUAAAGUAGGUUUUAUAAAAAAAAAAAUAUUUUUUAUUGAACAAUUUAAGGGGGUUUAACCAUCUUUCAAAAUUUUGAAAGCUCUCAUCGUAAACAGUUAACUUUUUUUUUAUAAAUUUCAGCAAAUAGUUUUAUGUUUCUUAUUAUUAUUAGAAUGAAAUAGGUUGUAUACAAAAA